AUGUUGAAAACAUUCAAAAAUAAUAUCAUUGUUAAUGAACAAACUGUUAAGGAAUAUGUAGCAAUUUUCAUGAAGACCGUAGUUGAUCACAUUCAAAUGUAUGCGAACGCUUCAGCACAAUUAUGUGUCGAAGCUAUCCUUAAUGGGCUUUUCAGUGCUGGUGGACCUAGCAUUCGAUGCACAAUUUCAGAAUUUGUUAGUUGUUGGUUUUUCAUUCGCUGGACUGGUACUCCGGAAAAACCUAAAGUUGAAAGUUCUCGUCAAUAUAAUUGCAAUUUUGAAAAUGAGAUGCAGAAGGAAAAAAAUGUAGCUUCUCAUAUUGUCGUUUCUAGAAUAACAAGACGAUGUGUUGAAAUAUAA